UUAAAUAAUUUUUUUCAAAAAUGGACUCUUACUCAAAAAACAAAAUAUCCGUUGAAUGUUACAAUGAAAUUUUUUAUCAACUUAAAAAUGAUAUAAAGACUUUAUAUAAUUGUACAUUCGUAAACCGAUUUUUUUGUCGUUUAGCGACGCCGUUAUUAUGGGGUACGCCUUUUGAACACAUAAAUUUGGAAAAUCCAAAAUCACCUCUUAUUAUAAAUACAUACGUAAGUUCUUUAGUGGAUGAAGAUAAAUCAUUUUUAAGACUUACAGGAAUUCCUUUAGAAUUACCAGAAGCGACAUUUUUUUAUUACCCUGAAUUCUUAAAAAGUUUUAAUUCACAAGUAUUUCAAAUAUUAAUUGAGAGGUGGUUAAUAUUAAUGGAACCAUAUAAUUAUUAUGUAAAUUAUCAGGAUAAAUUGGUAUAUUCAACUUAUCUUGUUAGUAAUUUAUUAUUUGCGUCGACUAAUAAAUUGGAAUCCUUGAAUUAUUUUAGGUUAAGUUCUCAUGAUAGAAUGUUUUUUAUUAACCAUAAAGAAUUUGUUUAUUCUAUAUCUCAUUUAGUAAAUUUGGAGAUUACCUAUUUUGCUGGAGCAAACAAUCCUAAUAUUCAAGAAGAUGAAAAUAAUCUUAAUAAUUUAUUCGAUACUUUAUCUCAUUACACUUUUUCGAUUAGAUACGUUAAAAUUAAUAUUUCAUCAAAUUAUAUCGCUUCAUUUACUUCACGUUUUAUUGAAAGUAUUUUUAAUUUUAUCGCGCAUCAAUACAAAUUAGAAGCGUUAUCAUUUAACGAAUCCUUAAUUUUCGAAAACUUAUUCGAAUUUGAGGAAAUUAUCAAAUCUCAGGAAACAAAUUUAAGGCAUUUAACAAUUGGGGGGAAACUAAAAAAUUUCUCACGAAUAGUAAAAGUCUUACGAAAUUGUAGUAAUUUAGAGUCAUUAAUCUUUGAAGGAAAAAAAGGUUCUAUUAUAGAGGAGGAUAAUUGGGGAUAUUAUGAUGUUAAAAUGAGGGAAAUACCCAUAAUUGAAGAAAUUGAUUUCAAUAAAUUGAAAAUCAGAAAAAUUUAUUGUAUUGAAGAUUGCGUAAGCGUAGAUGAUGUAGAUGAUGGAUAUAGUAAUUAUAUGUACGAUGAGCAACAACAAGAAGAAUUUGAAACAACAGGAGGUGAUUCAUCAAUCAGUGAUGAUAUGGUUACACUUGGUCUUAAGAAAAUACUCUUAAUGACCAGCGCAAAUUUACGAACAUUAAAUUUAGGUAAAAUAAAUACCUUUAUCAUUACAAUAUUAAGAGAAUAUUGUUACGAAUUAACAAAUUUAUCAUGUGAAAUAUCAAUUAAAGAUUUUUGGUCGUUUACCAAGUUAUUAGAGGUGUUGAGUGGGUUAGAACAUCUCGAGUUGAAAUUAGAGUUGAAAUUAGAAUUGUCGUCAAUGUUAAAUGAUAAUUAUAUUGUGACGUUCACGAAUUCAUUACCUAACUCCUUGCAGAAAUUAGGUUUAAAUAUCUAUAGUGACGAAGACGAAUUCAUCACAUACUUUUUAAUGAAAUUACUGGAAAAUAUGGGCUAUAACAAAUUAUUUGAAUUAUAUUUUUGUAAUGAAAAAAUGAUUCGAAACGAAAAUUUACGACUAAUUUUACAAUUUGCUUUAAAUAGGAUUAGAUAUUAUGGUAAUGAUGUUAGAAACUUCAAAUUUAAAUAUGUUAUAGGAAAUUUUAAUCAAGACUUCGAUCAAGCUUUAUUACAAAAUGGGCGAGAAUGUAUGGACAUCAUACGUGAAGAAAUUUCGGACCGUUAUAAGUAAUUAUAUAGGAAAGUCUUUUAUAAAAAUGCUAUUUGAUGGGGUUAUUAAAGAUGAAUUUUUUUCUUAGGCUACUUUAGAAUAUUAGAUGUAUUGGAUAUUAGAUAUAUCAGAUGUAUUGCUAUAUUGUUAAUUAU